GCAAAAUCAAAAUAUACACAUUAUAUAGGAUUUUUUUGUUGAUCCCGAAUAUGGACUCGGAAUUCCAACAUCUAGCAACUCAUUUUUUUUUCAAUUUACCUUGAACAUUUUAAACAACGUACAAAAUAACAUAAAUAAAAAUGUAUUUCUAAUUUUUUUUUUGCGAAAUAAAUUUUAGACAAUCAUUCAAAAUUGCAAAAUGUGCUGGAUAGUUUCUAAUAAAUAUAUUAUAUUCAAACAUUAUUUUAAAGGUCGAAGAGGAUAACCAAGUCGAACAUUCUAGAGGACUACGUGUGAAAUUAUGUUGCCUAGUAGAUGGAGUGGGCCACAAAAGAACGAUCUGAUCAGAGAAGUCGGAUGGCCGAACGUUAGUAAUAGUUUAACAGGUUAGAUAACCGCGGUAACAACGAAUAGCCAAUCGAUUUUUCAUUUAUAUUACCAAUGUCUCUGAAGCGGGCAGUGGAAUUUCGUUUUCAUUAGAACGUCGAGCAAGUCAAGGCGCGUAUAAGGAUGUAUUCCAAGUUAUUUUGGACGCAAAAUAAUCUAUAAAAAGAAAGAGCGCUAGUGAAGCUAUUAUUAUCUACAAUCUAGGAAUUCGGAAUUUUCAAUAAAUAUUAAGAAGCAACAAUAUAUUUUUUUUUUAAUUCAACUAUUAAAAAUGAGCAAAAGAGGCUCAACGAGUAAAAAAACAAGCAAAGCACAAGCCAAGGCACAAACCAAGUCACCAACCAAGUCACCAACCAAGACACCAACCAAGAAACCAACCAAGACACCAACCAAGUCACCAACCAAGACACCAACCAAGACACCAACCAAGACACCAACCAAGUCACCAACCAAGACACCAACCAAGUCACCGACCAAGAAACAAAACAAAGCACCACCCAAGGCAGAACCAAAGGAAAAUGUUCCAGUCUUUAUAGAUAAAUGGCCUGAAAUUCAACCAGUUGUACUAAAGCUUUUAAAAAAAGAACCUAUAACACACAAUGAAUGGCAAGAUUUGUUUUUUAACGUUUUUAUAUUAUGUUCGUGGGAUACUAAAUCACCACUUAAGAUGAGACGAGCUUUGAAAUGGGAAAUAGUGGAGUUACUUAGAGAAGUGCACGAACGAGUAGUAGUUCACCAAGAAGGUUAUGCUUUACUUAAAGCAUAUAUAACAGAAUGGAAAUCAUUUUAUGCUCAAUGCAGUUACCUUCCAGCUCCUUUUCUGCAUUUAGAAUAUGCAUUAUCUGGAUUGAUUGCUGCGGGUAGAAGUGAACCUAUGAGGAACUCGGUUAUUUUUAAGAUGUUGUUGGAUAGCUGGAGUCAAACUAUAUUUAAUGAUAUAAAGCAAAAACUUCAUGAUUCGGCUAUGGACCUUCUUUAUCGAGAGCGAAAUGGUGAAGCCUUUGACUCUCAACUUUUCAUUGAUUUAAAAAACUCAUAUGUUAAUCUUUCCACUGAUCCUAAUAAUAAACUUAAUAUAUACCGUAAACAUUUUGAAAAAGCUUAUAUGAUUUCAACCGAAGCAUUUUAUAAAGUUAAAGCUCCCGAGUAUUUAGAACUUCAUGGUGCUCACGAUUAUAUUAAGUAUGCUUGUGCUAAAAUUCGGGAAGAAGAAGUCAGAGCUCAAAAAUAUUUAGAAUCAAGCACUGGGUUUUCUCAUAAGAUAACAGACUGUUGUGUUACUGUUCUGGUUUCAACAUUUCAGCAUACUAUUUUAGCAGAAUGCACAAACUUGAUUAAAAAAAAUGAUACUGAAAUGUUGAAACAUUUAUUUAAACUUGUGGAACACCUACCCGAUUGUAAUGAAAUAAUACUAGAAGAGUUAGAGGAACAUAUUACCAGUGAAGGUCUUGCUUAUAUGGUGUCAUCAGCUAACAUAAUAACUCAGGAUUCAGAAAAAUAUGUUGAACAACUGCUAUUUCUAUACCGUAAAUCGAGUAAUUUAAUUAAAACCGCAUUUAAUGAUGACCCUAGAUAUCUUACUGCGAGAGACAAAGCUUAUGAACAAUUGGUCAAUGAUAUUACAGUAUUUCGUUUAGAGCUCCCUGUAAAACAGACUUCAGGUGUUCAAUAUCAGCCGGAAUCAAAGUGUCCAGAAAUGUUAGCAAAUUACUGUGAUAUGUUACUGAGAAAAACGUCUUUAAGUAAACGGUUAACUUCUGAUGAAAUUGAAGCUAAAUUAAAAGAUAUAUUGCUUAUAUUAAAAUAUAUACAGAACAAAGAUGUAUUUAUGAAAAUUCAUAAAGCACAUUUAACAAGAAGAUUGAUAUUAGAUAUUAGUGCUGAUUCAGAAAAAGAAGAAAAUAUGGUUAAUUGGCUUCGGGAGAUUGGAAUGCCGGCUGAUUAUAUAAAUAAACUAGCAAGAAUGUUUCAAGACAUAAAAGUCAGUGAAGAUUUAAAUCAGGAGUUUAAAGAAUCCUGUAGCAAUCUCAAGGGUAAAAUUGCAGGUUCAUUAAAUAUUAAAAUACUUAAUGCUGGAGCAUGGUCACGAGGAAGUGAACGUGUGACAGUCUCACUGCCAGUAGAAUUAGAAGAUUAUAUACCAGAAGUAGAAGAGUUUUAUCGAAAGAAACAUACGGGGCGUAAACUUCAAUGGUACCAUCAUAUGUCAAACGGAACGAUAACAUUUAAUAAUGAAAUUGGCCAAUUUGAUAUUGAUGUCACAACAUUUCAAAUGGCUGUGUUAUUUUCAUGGAACCAAAGACCAAAGGGCCAUAUUACCUAUGAAAAUCUCAAGCUUGCUACAGAACUGCCUGACCCAGAUCUUCGAAGAACUUUAUGGUCUUUAGUAGCUUUCCCAAAGUUGAAAAAACAAGUCGUAAUGGUAUCACCAGACGCAUCGUCUCCAAAUGACUUUAGCGACAGUACAACCUUUUGGAUAAAUGAACAGUUUUCAAUAGUGAAAAAUGGUAAGAUCCAAAAAAGAGGAAAACUAAGUAUGAUUGGUAGAUUACAGCUAUCAACUGAGCGCAGUAAAGAAGAAGACAGCGAGAGUAUUGUUCAACUUAGGAUAUUUAGAAUUCAAGAAGCAAUAAUUAAAAUCUUAAAAAUGCGCAAAGAAAUCUCAAAUUGGAACCUUCAAACCGAAUUAGUGCUUAUGUUGAAAAAUAUGUUUAUACCAAAUAAAAAGAUGAUUAAAGAACAAAUUGAAUGGCUAAUUGAACAAAAAUACAUUAAACGUAAUGAAGACAAUAUAAAUACUUUUGUAUACAUUUCAUAAAUUUCUACUUUGCUGACAGUUGCGUUUUAAUGAGUAAGUCGUUAACAAAAAAUAAAUAUAAAUUUGCCAUAUUUCUUAGUAUUGAUGCCAACUGAACGUAAUGCAUUAUUAUAAAUGUUUUUUUUAUUAAAAUACUUGUUAAGAGGACACUGCACUACAUUAGUAUAACACAAAUAACAUAACAAGAGAAAAAUACCAGUAUUGGUAUUUUAUAUUUGUUUCCAACUUUUACAAUAUAGUCGUUUUUUUGCACAAAUAUAUGUCUCAAACGUGAUGCAUUUAUCUGAUUAACGAUCAAGACUCGAGUACAUUUAUACUAAAUUUAAUAUCAAGAUUGUGCCUAUAGUCACACUUGAAUUAUUUUUGAUAUAACAUAUGUAAGCAAUGAUAUAAACCUAAGCAAAAUAGUAAAAUUAAAUGUCCUAUAAUAAUUAAGAUUCAAAUCUGUAAUUAUAAAAAAACACUCAUGUCAAAAUUUUAAUAAAAAAAAAGUGCUUAUUUUGAAACAAACACUGGGGAAAAUUUGUGUGGGUCCUCUAUAGUCUUAAGUAUAAUUUACGUAAAUUACUGACUUUUUUUUUUUAGUGUGAAUAAUAUAUUGUAUUUUUUGCCUUAAUAUACUACAUUAAUCAAGUAUUAAAGAUGUAAAAGUGGCGCCCUGUUGAAAGUGUAACAUAUUUUGAACUUGUAUUAAUUUGUCAGAUAAUAAAUGUUGAAGGAUAACGAGUAUUCUAGUACUCGUACUACUAGUAAAUUAAACUAUACUUUAAAUUUACUUACUAGUACAACUGGCGAUUACACAACAAAA